CGCCCCGGCCCGGCCCAGCUCCGGCGGCAGUGGCGGCGGCGCGCGCAGGCGGUGCACCUGGCGCCCUCUUCGGGGCUGCUCGUCGCCAGGACAACCGGCCUCGCCGCCGCGCCUCUGCCAUGGUUUUCUCAAAUAAUGAUGAAGCCCUUAUUAACAAAAAACUACCAAAAGAACUUCUGUUAAGAAUAUUUUCUUUCUUGGACAUAGUUACUUUGUGUCGCUGUGCACAAGUUUCCAAGGCAUGGAACGUUUUAGCUCUGGAUGGAAGCAACUGGCAAAGAAUAGAUCUCUUUAACUUUCAAACGGAUAUAGAGGGUCGUGUUGUAGAAAAUAUAUCGAAAAGGUGUGGUGGGUUCCUGAGACAACUUAGUCUGAGAGGAUGUCUUGGUGUUGGAGACUCCUCUUUAAAGACCUUUGCACAGAACUGCAGAAACAUCGAACACUUAAAUCUGAAUGGGUGCACAAAAAUCACUGACAGCACGUGCUACAGUCUUAGCAGAUUCUGUUCCAAGCUGAAACAUCUGGAUCUGACAUCUUGUGUAGCCAUCACAAACAGCUCCCUGAAAGGCUUGAGUGAGGGUUGCAGAAAUCUGGAACAUUUGAAUCUUUCCUGGUGUGAUCAGAUUACGAAGGAUGGUAUUGAAGCACUGGUGAAAGGGUGUAGUGGACUAAAAGCUCUAUUUCUUAGAGGUUGCACACAGUUAGAAGAUGAAGCAUUGAAACACAUUCAAAAUCACUGUCACGAACUUGUAAUCCUGAAUUUGCAAUCCUGUACACAAAUUUCAGAUGAAGGCAUUGUGAAAAUCUGCAGAGGCUGCCACAGACUCCAGUCCCUCUGUGUUUCAGGCUGUAGCAACCUUACAGAUGCUUCUCUGACAGCACUUGGUCUAAACUGUCCAAGGCUGAAGAUUUUGGAAGCUGCAAGAUGUUCACAUCUAACAGAUGCUGGGUUUACCCUUUUAGCACGGAAUUGCCACGAGCUGGAGAAGAUGGACUUGGAGGAGUGUGUUUUGAUAACUGACAGCACAUUGAUUCAACUUUCCAUACACUGUCCCAAGCUACAAGCAUUGAGCUUAUCUCACUGUGAAUUGAUCACCGAUGAUGGAAUUCUUCAUCUGAGCAACAGUACGUGUGGUCAUGAGAGGCUGCAGGUGCUGGAGCUUGAUAACUGUCUUCUCAUCACUGAUGUGACUCUGGAGCACCUGGAGAACUGCCACAACCUGGAGAGAAUCGAGCUGUAUGACUGUCAGCAAGUGACGCGUGCUGGAAUCAAGCGGAUCAGAGCUCACCUACCUCACGUGAAAGUUCAUGCUUACUUUGCUCCAGUGACUCCCCCCCCUUCGGUAGGAGGGAGCGGACAGCGCCUCUGCAGAUGCUGCAUUAUCCUUUGACAGCGAGUGCAGCCGCAGGGAACAGUGGUGGUGGUGGCGAAGGAC